AUGCUGGAAGGUGUCUUGGCCACGGUCCUCAACAGGGUCCUGGCAGCCUAUGUCGACGGCCUCAACACGAGUCAGCUCAAUGUCGGGAUCUGGUCCGGAGAUGUCAAGCUUCGCAAUCUUCGCCUCAAGACAUCCGCUCUCGACAAGUUCCGACUCCCCAUAGACGUCAAGGAGGGCUACCUCGGCGACCUCACCCUUUCCAUCCCCUGGUCCAAUCUCAAAGGCAAGCCCGUCCGCAUCCUCGUCGAAAAUGUCUACCUGCUCGCUGCACCCAAGAACAGCAGUGUCGAGGUCGACGAAGAGGAAGAGGCGCAGCGAGCUCAAGCCGCAAAGCAAGAGAAGCUCGCCAACGCGGAGCUUCUCGGCAGCGGUCAAGGCGUAGGCAUGUCGAGCGAGGACGAGCAAAAGAACCAAUCCUUCACCAGCUCGCUCAUCACCAAGAUUGUCGACAACUUGCAGUUCACCGUCCGCAACAUUCACAUCCGAUACGAGGACAGUCUGUCCAACCCAGAACAUCCCUUCUCUGCCGGUAUCACCCUGGCCGAGUUCUCUGCCGUGUCCACCGACGCCAACUGGAACCCCACCUUCAUUCAGAACAGCGGAGAUGGUAUCCACAAGCUCGCACGUCUCGAGUCGCUCUCGGUCUACUGGGACACAGACUCCGAGUCGCUCGCUGGUCAUGAGAUCUCGGAAGCGCAAAAGAAGUUCAGCGCCCUGAUCGCUCGUGAUGGAGCCACCCCGAGCCACCAGUACAUUCUCAAGCCCGUCUCGGGUGCAGGCAGACUCGUGAUGCGCAAAAAGAUGACCUCGGAAGUGCCCAAGAUGGAUGCACAGCUCCUAUUCGAAGAGCUUGGCUUCGCCCUCGAUGACGAGCAGUACCGCGACGUCAUCUCGGUCGCCGAUCUUUUCCACUUCUACACACGUCAAGCUCAAUAUCGCAGAUUCCGUCCCACUCCCCAGCAGCUCGAGGAGAACCGACCCCGAGCACUCCUCCGCUUCGCAGGAAAUGCCAUCCUCAACGAGGUACACGAGCGACAUCGCGUCUGGACAUGGGACUACUUCCGUCAGCGACGCGAUGACCGCAAAGAGUACGUCGAGCUCUUCAAGCAAAAGGAGCGCAGCGUGCAGAAGGCGAAUCAGAACCAAGCGGGAGUUGCCAUUGCACAGAGCGACAGCGGUUCACGACUGGAGGAGCUCGAGAAGAAGCUCGACUACAAAGACAUCCGCUUCUACCGGUCCAUAGCGCGGCACGACCUUCGCAAAGAGAGGCUAGCAGCCAAGAAGGAAGACCUCGAUCACGGCGGCACCGGCAAUGACGGUCACAACAAGAGAAACAGCGGAGGCGGAUGGCUCGGCUGGAUCUGGGGUGGAGGCGGCCAUCAACAGCACCAAGAUCAAGAGAACGGCGUGCUCAACGAACAGCAGCGAAAGGAGCUCUACGAUGCCAUCGAAUGGGACGAGGAAGCCAGCGCCACAUCCCUCACACAGGCUGUCGAUGCACCGAGGGAUGCCAUGCAUCUGCGCCUCAUCACCAAGCUCAAGACGGGAUCCGUCGCACUCAAGGACCACGCUCGAGGCACCGACAUUCUCUCGCUUGUGUUUGACUCGCUGCAAGCCAACGUCAUUCAACGGCACGAGAACCUCGAAGCCGCCGUGGCCCUCGGCGGUCUGCGUGUCUACGAUGGUACCACGCCCAACUCGCUCUACCCACAAGUCGUGCGUGUCAAAGACGAAGAGUUCGAUAAUCCGAGCCGUCAGAACUCCAAUGGAGGCGAUCUCAAGCGCAUCGAGCAAGAAGUCGAGGAGGAGAGCGAUCCCGACAAUCCUUUCUUCUACGCCAAGUACGAGCUCAAGCCGCUCGACGACCGUGCCGACAAUGCAUUGACGCUCAAGAUGCGAUCGAUGGAGAUCAUCUACCAUCGCGGCUUGGUCGAGUCGAUCGUGCGCUUCUUCAAACCACCAGAAAGCGAGCUCGAGCUCAUCGGUGCGCUCAUCGACGUCGCCAGCGAGACCAUCGAAGGCAUCCGCAAAGAGACGCGGGCCGGUCUGGAGAACGCGCUGCAGAACCACAAGACCAUCGACAUGGUCGUCGACAUCAAGGCACCCAUCAUCAUCGUGCCGGAAGACGUCACCACCAAAAAGUGCCAGCACAUGGUACUCGAUGCUGGUCGCAUCGCCGUCCGCUCGGUGCUUGCCGAUCAGAAGGCGCUCGACACGGUGCGCUCCAAGCAAAACCACGCUUACACAGCAGAAGACUACCGACAGCUCGAGGACCUCAUGUACGACCGCUUCUUUGUCAAGCUCGAAUCAGCCCAGCUCGUCAUGGGCAACGACAUCGACUCGUGCAUGAAGGGGCUUCACUCCAACUCGACGGACCAUGGCCUGCACCUGCUAGAGCGCAUCAACUUGGACUUUACAGUGCACAACUCGAUCCUCGCUUCAGCUCCCAACUUGACCAAGUUCAAGAUCACGGGUCAUCUGCCGACGCUGCGCGUCAACUUUUCCGACCGAAAGUACAAGACGCUCAUGCGCAUCAUCGAAGUCGCCAUCCCCAACUUUGACGACGCGACAGAUAGCUCGCCUACCUCUGGUCUGGGUGCCAUCGAAGAGGAGCUCGAGCCGGUGGCAAUCAGCAGAUCACGGCAGAACGACGAUGCUGAGGAUGACAACGAUGGUGACGAUGGUGACGAUGACAAAGACACGGCAGAUUCCAAAUCGCGGCGUGCUCGUGGCCGACCUUCCGAGACCCUCGAUCUCAACAAAGCCCGCCGUCAGCGACUUGCAGGGCAGCUGCGCGGCGAAGACGAAUACAUCGUGGACGCUGGACCGGACGAGGAUGACGGUAAGGACGAGUUUCAGGACGCCGAGGAUCCCACGGUCGACAAGAUCAAUGCGCAUCAGAAGACCUUCGAGCUCGAAUUUGUCGUCGACUCGCUCCAGGGCUCGAUCUACAGAUCCGCCACCGACCCCUCGCAGCCAGAUCGUCUGUUGGUCGAUGCUCGCUUCGAAGGCUUCCUGCUGCACCUGGCGGUCUAUCCGUACCACAUGGACGUCGAUGUGGGCCUCCGCAGUCUCGAGCUCGAAGACAAGAUUGUGGAUCAAGGCGCACAGUUCCGCCACCUCAUCACGUCCAAGCAUGUCCGCGACAGCAUGACACGAUCCGCGACAGGCGACUCGACCGCUUCGUCCGGCGCGGCAUCGCCCUCCGAGCAGCGCGAUCUGGUCCGUGUGCGAUACACGCGCGUCAGUCCAGAGUCGCCCGAGUUCAUGACCAAGUACGAGGGCAUCGACCAGACGGUCAAUGUCGAGCUCUCCACCAUCAAUGUGAUGCUGACGCGCGUCAGUGUCUUGGCCGUCUAUGAUUGGAUCAUGACCACGUUCGUCUCGGUAGACGAGCCCUCGCCUUCGUCACAGUCGUCCGAAGAGCAACAGCAGCGUCGUCCUAGUCGCUCGUCGGAGCGCCGACCCAGUGACGCGACAUCAAGAGGACCCUCCAUUCGACCCUCCGAGUCGAAUGCGAACAUGCAAGCCGUCACAAGUGGAGGAGACUCGGAGCGAAAGGAGAAGCUGCGUGUCCGCGUUAAGCUCAACUCGAUCGUGCUCCGUCUCAACAACGACGGCAGUCUCUUGGCAACGCUCACCCUGUCCACAGCCGAUGUCGCCGUCAUGCUGCGUGGAAACACCAUCCGUGUGGCUGCGCGUCUCGGCUCGCUGCUUCUGUACGACAAUGCCAAGCGCAGCGUCGCGGAUCCGCACUUCAAGAAGCUGCUCAGCAUCCAAGGCGACGAGCUGGCCGACUUCACCUACGAGACCUUUGACGAAGCGGACGAAGCCUCGUACCCUGGCUAUGACUCGUCCAUCUGGCUGCGAUCCGGCUCGCUCAAGUUCACGUUCGUGGAAGAGCCCAUCCGUGACCUGCUGCAGUUCUUCAGCAAGUUUGCGCAGAUGAAGGCCGUGUACGAUGCGGCCACGCUCGCAGCUUCCAAUCAAGCAUCGCAGCUCCAGGAGCGCGUCGACAAGAUGCACUACGACAUCCUUGUCAAGACGCCCAUCGUCGUGCUGCCCAGGUCGGCCGACUCGACUGACGUGAUGACGGCCAACUUGGGUGAGAUCUACGCCAAGAACACCUUUGCGAUCCGCGACAACAAGGAAGCCAUCACCAAGAUCGAGGCGGGUCUGCGACACAUUCGACUCGCAUCGCGCUUGCGGUACGGUAGCCAGGAGUAUCACGUGCAGAUGAUCGACGAUGUCAACAUCUCGCUCGACAUGAUCCAGUCGGAUCGAGCCAGUGCUCCUGCAGGCACCGCGAGCGAUAGCCCUGAAACGCAGAUGGUAGCCAAGAUGUCGGAUGUCCACAUCAAGUUGACCGAGGCGCAAUACUGCUUCGUCAUGGAGCUGACGCAGUCGAUCCCGCGCGCAUUUGCCGGGCUGGCGGAGGAGGCCACGGAGUCGGACGAUGGCAGCACGGCGGUCUCGAGUCCUGUGACAGCCUCGCAGCCAGCGCCUUCGACCACGGCAACCAAGUCACGUUCCGCCUCGGGCCAGCUGCCAUCGACGCCGAGCCAAGGCAAGCCAGCCAGUGGCGCGCCAGGCAAAGCCGGAGAUGCAGCCACGCCUCCCAAGAAGGGUCCUGGCGUGGAUAUGCUCCCCGAGCUCGGUACCGUCGUACACACGGAAGACGGCGACACCCCUGUCUACACGAGCCUGGACAUGUUCUUCGACGUCAACUCGAUCCAGCUCGAGCUCUUCACCUCGGCUGCCACGGGCCAAGAAACACUGUACAAUGCGCAGCUGGCUCGCUUCUCCAUCAACGGAUCCGAAGUCAAGCUCAAGAUGCUGUCGGACAGCUCGAUGGAAGCCGAGGUCGCCCUCAAGACCUUCACCGUGACCGAUCAGCGGCCGGACAAGGACACCAAGUUCCGCGAGAUCGUACCUGCCGUCAAGCACGAUGGCCAUCAAUUCAUGAUGAGCUACAGUGUUUCUGGUGGUGACGACGGCUCGGCCCUGGCCCUCAUCACGGUGGACAGUCCCAAAGUCAUCUUCUCGCUCGACCCCGUCUUUGCGCUUCUCAACUUCUUUAUGAGUGCUUUUCCUGACACGCCCCCUGCUGACGAAAACACAGAACGAGCUAUGGCAGGCAACGCCGUCAGUGCCGCUCCACCGCCCGCGACAUCGACGAAGCAGGACGCGGAUCCGAACGCACCAAAGCCACCUGCGGCCGCUGCUGCAGGGACGUUGGCGUUCCGAGUCAAUGUUGUCGAUCCCACCAUCAUCCUGCUGGCCGCACCGGAACGGCACGAUACCGAGGCUAUUGUGCUUUCGAUCAAGCAGGUGCUCAUGUCGCAGCAAGGCAUCAUGGCGCUCAAAGUGGAUCAGUUUGGCAUGUUCAUGUGCAGGAUGCAUCGGCCCAAAGACACUCUGCGCCUGCUCGACAAUUUCGACCUCGCCAUGUCGAUGGAUAGCCGCAUCAGCGAGACGAGCUCCCUGACCAGCAUCGAGGUCGAUGUCGAGCCCUUGGUGCUGCGCGUGUCCAUUCGCGACAUUCUCAUGAUCCAGUCCGUUGUCAACAAGGCCAUCGAGCUCUCGUCGCAGCAGUCAUCGGCCGCAGCAGCAGCAGGCUCGGGCCAGUCCGACGCCAAGAGCAUUGCAUCUUCGCAACGCAGGCAAGCUUCGAUGGCAAGCACCAGCAACACGAUCGACUCGCUCACCACCAAGCCCGUCAAACCGACCUUGGACGAUACCAGCAGCACCUCGGAGGGCAAGCGACCGCAGCGCAUCGAAGACGCCGAGUUGGUCAUGGCCAAGGAGUCGCUGCGGGCGGACUUUGCCGGUCUCCAGAUCAUUCUCAUCAGCGAUGCGCACUCGCUGCCGAUGCUCGACCUCAACGUCUCCAAGUUUGCCGUCGAUGUGCGCGACUGGUCCGGCGACAUGCAUGCCAGCACCUUUGUCGACCUCUACAUCAACUACUACAACCUCUCCCGGUCGCACUGGGAGCCGCUCAUCGAUCCGUGGGGCGUGCAGUUCCACAUGGAGACGAGCACCGCGCCUUCGCGCUUCAACGCGACCAUCUCGAGCAAGAAGCGUCUCGAGCUCAACAUCACCACAACGCUCAUCGAGACGGGACUGGCGGCCAUGAACCUGAUCAACGAGGUCGACCUGCAAGAUCUGCAGCAGCGCAAUCGCGCGCCAUUCGUGGUUCAGAAUCGGACCGGCUACCGCAUCUCCUUGUGGCCCGAGCACGGCGAUCGAGAGCGCAAGAGCAAGCCCUCCGCACAGCACCUGGACGAUGGUCAGGAUAUGCCGUGGAGGUUCGACGACUGGAAGUCGAUGCGUGAGAACAUCCACGAGAGUGGCAGCAACCGCCUCUCGCUUCAGAUCGACGGCAUGCCCUGGGAACGCCUGCGCCACAUCUCGGUCGACCGCGAAGGCGAGUACAUGUUGACGCUGCGGCCCAAGCUCGACAAGGUGGCUCAUCGAGUCCAGUACGAGGUCAAGCUGCAGAACAACGUCAAGUACAUCACCUUCCGGUCGUCGUUCAAGAUUGAGAACAAGACGCUCAUCCCCGUUGAGAUGGUCAUUCUCGAUCACGAAGGCAACGUCACGGACCAGAUUCGCCGCAUCGGUCCGGGCGAGGACUGUCCCGUGCCCAUCGAAGCAGCCUACCACUGCCGGGUCAAGAUCCGUCCUGAUCCAGGCUUUGAGUACGACUGGUGUCAGGAGUCGCUCAAUUGGCAGGACUUGGUCAAGAAGUCGACCUGGACCUUGACCUGUCGUGCCCACGACGCCAGCGAGGCGCCCUUCCGCUUCCAAAGCUUUGCCAUCUACGACCGACAAGAUCCCAACAGCCGCACGUACCCACGCCUGACCUUGCGUCUGCGUGCGCCGGUCGAGGUCGAGAACCUGCUGCCCUACGACAUCCAGUAUCGCAUCUUUGACAAGAACCUUAACCACAACUGGUCGAGCUACCUACGCAAAGGUGGCAUCAGCCCGAUCCACGUCGUAGAGAUCUCGCAUUUGCUGCUGCUCAGCGUCGAUAUCCAGUCGUCGUGCUUCUCGCCGAGCGAGUUUGCCAUCAUUGCGACCGACAAUCCGGACGACUUCCCUGUCGAGAAGGUGAUGACGCUCGCUGAUGCCGAGAACUUGAAGCUCAACCUGCGUCUCCACUACUCGAAACACCCUGACUCGGGUGGUGCGUUCAAAGUGCAGAUCUACUCGCCUUACAUUUUCAUCAAUCAGAGCGGCUUGCCGUUUGCGCUCAAGACCAAGUCGUGGCUGGGCAGCGCUAAGCUGGUUGCCGGUCAAGACCAGACGGGGAUCUCUGCCGAGACGCGCAAGACGCCCGAGCCGUUCCUGUUCUCGCACAACUCGAAUGAUCGCCGCAAUCGCGUGCUGAUGCGGGUGGGCGACUCGCAGUGGUCCAAGCCGCUGUCCUUCGAGGCGAUCGGCUCCGAGACCGAGGUGGUGAUCCCGUCGGCGUCGAGGAACGAGGAGAUUCAUGUCGGUCUCACCGUCGAGGAUGGCUUGGGCAAGUUCAAAUUGUCCAAGGUGGUCAAGCUCACGCCGCGGUACCUCGUGCGCAACAACCUCACCGAGCCGCUCAACCUGCGAGAGGCGGGCGCUGCCGACUUUGUCUCUGUCGAGCCGGGUCAGCGGGUGCCGUUGCACUUCUUGCGGGUGGGAGCGACCCGGCAGAUGACGCUCGCGUACCCUGGCAUCAACAACAAGUGGACCGCGCCGUUCAACAUCGAAGACAUCGGCAGCGUGUUUUUGCGCAUCGCCAAGACAGGCCAACAUCAGCACCUGAUCAAAGCCGAGGUGUUGCUGGAAGGCCCUACGAUCUUCAUCUCGUUGAGUCUGGAGGAAGGUCCCUGGCCGUACAUGUUGCGCAACGAGAGCGACUACACGGUGCAAUUCAUGCAGGCGACCGAGCGUGUCGACGAAAGCGGAAGCGGUCGAUCCAUCGACGAGACCGUCGGCAAACGAUACGAGCUCAAGCCGCGCUCCAAGAUGAAGUACGCCUGGGACUAUCCUGCGGCACCGAACAAGAUGAUCAAGCUGGUCGUUCACGGUCGCGAGCGCAACGUCAACAUUCUCGAGAUCGGUAGCUUGUUGCCGUUCAAGUUCCCUGCGCCCGACGGAGGAGGCGUGCGGGUCAUGGCGAUCGACGUGCGCGCCGACGGUCCACAGCAGACGCUGGUGCUGAGCAACUACAAGGAAGAGUACAGCAACUUCAAGCUGAAGCGGCAGAACUCGACCUUCUCACGCAGCGACACAGUGUCGAGCGUCAACAGCAAAGACGCCGGAUUCGUGGCCGUCGACGUCGACACCAACAUCCUCACGGCGUACAACCUCGAGUUUGAAGGUGUAGGCAUCUCGCUCAUCAACCAGAACAUCCAGGAGCUCGCCUACGUGUCGUUCCGCGGCCUUGAGCUGCACUACACCGAGUCGGAGGUGACGACGGCGGUGAAUGUGAUCUGCAAGUGGAUCCAGAUCGAUAAUCAGCUCUUUGGUGGGCUGUUCCCGAUCGUGCUGUAUCCGACGGUGCUACCCAAGGACGGCAAGGAUCUGGAGGUGCAUCCGACGUUGCAGGCGUCGGUGAUCAUGCUCAAGGACGAGACGCAUGGUGUGACGCAUAUCAAGUACGCAUCGGUGCUGCUGCAAGAGAUCACGGCCGAGCUGGACGAAGACUUCCUGUUCGCUCUGUACGAGUUCUCCAAAUUCGAAGGCGCCGCGUGGCAGCUCGAGGCGGAGAAGGAGACGGACUUUAUCGAGCAUCCUCGCGAAGUUCCCGAGCCGAGCGGGCUGCAGAGCCAGUCGGACGACAUCUAUUUCGAGAUCCUGCAUCUGCAGCCCAUCUCGCUGAACCUGUCGUUCAUGCGCACGGAGCGCGUCAACGGUGACGACAAGGUGAGCUCGCGCAACCCGCUCAUCUUUUUGUUCAACGCGCUGACGAUGGCGCUGGGCAACGUCAACGAGGCACCCGUGCGGCUCAACGCGUUGGUGAUCGAGAAUGUGCGACUGAGCACGGCCGUGUUGCAGCAGAGGAUCGUGUACCACUACACGCAGGGGUUCCUGCUGCAGCUGUACCGUGUGCUGGGCUCGGCGGAUUUCUUGGGCAAUCCCGUGGGAUUGUUCAACAACGUCUCGUCCGGUGUGGCCGAUAUCUUCUACGAGCCGUACCAGGGGUUGGUCAUGCACGGCAACCGGGAGUUGGGGCUGGGCAUUGCGAGGGGCGCCAGCUCAUUUGUCAAGAAGACGGUAUUUGGUCUGACGGACUCGGUGUCCAAGGUGACGGGUUCGAUCGGCAAAGGUCUAGCAGCGGCGACGAUGGAUAAGGAGUUCCAGUCGAGGCGACGGAUGACGCGAUUCCGCAACAAGCCACGUCAUGCGCUGUACGGCAUCACGGCGGGCGCCAACUCGUUUUUCACCUCGGUGGCAAGUGGAUUUGAGGGUUUGGCGCUGCGACCGCUGGAAGGCGCCGAACGCGGUGGAGCGGGUGGCUUCCUCAAAGGUGUCGGCAAGGGCUUGGUGGGUGCCAUCACCAAGCCAGCGGUCGGCGUGUUCGAUCUGGCGAGCAACGUCACCGAAGGCGUGCGGAACACGACGAUGGUUUUCGACCAGAACGACAUCGACCGCGUACGUCUCCCACGUUACAUCGCAGCGGAUGGCAUCGUACGCCCCUACUCGGACCGCGAGGCGCUCGGCCAAACGUGGCUCAAAAAUGUCGACAACGGCCGGCUGAUGAAGGACUCGUACGUCGCUCACGUCGACGUGGGCUCUCAAGAGGGCGACGCAGUCAUUAUGUUGACGGUGUCGAGGAUCCUGUAUAUCCGGACGAUGCGGUUGAAGGUCAUGUGGGAGGUGCCGCUGAGCGAUCUAAGCAGCAUCUCGCUCGAAAAGGAGGGAAUCGCGUUGGUGUUGAGGGGAGGAGUGAGUGGUCCGUUUUUGCAUCUGCCCGAUGUGAGCACACGGAAUUGGUUGUUCAAGCAGAUCAGCAAGGUUGUUCAGGCGUACAAUGCUAGUAGGCAGAGUUGA